AUGGCUUUGAAUUGGGUAAUGAUUGCGUCCGAUGGAAAAAAUCCUGUUCCUCUUCCUAGAGAAAAAAUAUUAUUCAGUCAAGAAAAAGUGUCCCUGGUGCUAGAGAUAGGCGGAGGAUAUCCCGGAAAUCCAGGAGAUUAUAGAGCUGAAGGAAAUAUUUUUAUUACUAGCCAACGUGUUAUAUUUAUUUCUCGCCCACCUGUGCCUAACUUUCAAUCUUUAAGUGUGCCUCUUUUGAAUUUGAGAGAAGGAAAAUUUCAACAACCUUGGUUUGGCGCUAAUUAUUAUCAAGCACAUUUAAUACCAGUACAAAAUGGUGGGUUACCAUCUCCUGGGCUAUUGAAAGUUACUUUCAAAGAAGGAGGAGGAUAUGAGUUCAGCUCAUGUUACACCGAGUUGAUACAGAGGCUUACGGAGAAUGAAGAUUAUGUUCUUAUUGAACAUACUGAGCCAUUACCAACUUAUACACCACGUGAAGAUUCCACAUCAUCAACAGCCACACAAACAUUGGGAACAGCGACAUCAUCCAACUUUUCACCACCAACAGAACCUCAUUCUACUUCUGUUAAUUCUGUAGCACCUCCACCAGUAGCUCCGGGCGAACUACCACCUAGUUAUGAUGAAGUAGCAAGCUGA